AUUCCCCAUGGUCCUGACGGAGUCCCCAGCAUCCACUUAGGACGUCAGAGAAAGUAGUUUUUUCUCCCCUUUAGAAAUUGGAGCAAGAAUAACAAUAACAAAUUACCCAGGUGUAGUUUGGUCACAUGUACACUGGGAGAGCCUCAGAGCGCAGACAGCAGGGGGAGUUACAACUGGUCAGAGAAGGGCGGCUCCAUAACUUAUCCCCAACUCUCUUCCAGCCAUGCUCCAAGCCCUGUCUCUCUCUCUGGCCCUGAGCUUAGCGAUACAAUGGAUCCUGUGGGUGGCAGCAGCGCUGCUCCAAACAGAAAAGUUCUAUGACCUCGCAGGUAGUGGAACAUUUAUACUUUUGGCACAACUCAGCCUAAGAUGGACAGGAACAAAGUAUAUCCGUCAGCAAGUCCAGACUGGGCUGAUCACAGUAUGGGGACUGCGACUUGGCACAUUUUUAUUUCUAAGAAUCCUUCAAGAUGGUCAUGACAAGCGCUUUGAUAAAGUACGAGAUAAUCCUGGGAAAUUUCUGCUAUACUGGACAGUGCAGGGUAUCUGGAUAUUUGUGACAUUGCUGCCAUCCUUAAUGUUAAACUUUCAGAAACGGGACAAGCCACUAGGGCUGUCUGACUACGUGGGCUGGACACUUUGGGCCACUGGCUUCCUCAUACAGGCGAUUGCAGACCAACAGAAGAGGAAUUUUAAAAAUGACCCUGACAAUGCAGGUAAAUUUAUUCAGAGUGGUUUAUGGGCAUACAGUCGCCACCCAAACUAUCUGGGAGAAAUUCUACAAUGGAGCGGCCUAUUCCUGUCGGCUUCAUCAGUGCUGAGUGGUAUCCAGUACCUAAGUAUCAUAUCCCCAAUUUUUGUGUGGUUCCUGCUAAAUUAUGUAAGCGGUGUUCCCCUUCUUGAGAAACAGGCCAUGAAAAGAUGGGGAGGAGAUUCAGCAUAUAUGAGCUACAUCCAGCAAACUCCUGUGUUAUGGCCAUUGAAAUUCUAAUCUACGGGAACCAUGGCAGAUUAUGCAUACGUAUGGAACAGUAAAAUAGGAGGCGAAUCCAGCCUUUCUUUCACUAUGGCUAUUCCCUUAAUAACUUACCUUUAGCUUUCAGGCUUCUCUGGUGCUCAAACAGGAAGUGAAGGCACAUACUUCCUCUGAGCAUGGGGUUGUAUCUGUCACUUACAUUAGUUAUUUCUCUUUGGCGCCUUUACUCAUGUCCUCCCCAAAUAAAACUCAUCUGGCGCCCAAGGCGCAAGCCCAACCACACCCACCCCCUACCUCACCUCUAAGUUAAAUAUUGAUGCUGUCAUAUUGUAUUAUACAACCAAAUAUUAAUGUCAUUCAGGUUAUAUGUCUGGGAUUGUCUGCCCUGUAUUGCAAGUCACUGACUUGAAUAACUGUAUAAACUGUAAACAAAGUUUGCUACAGCAGACUAAUUUCA